CCUAGGUUUGUGUGUACCUCUCGAGAACCCAACACCUCUCAAUUCCGGUGGGGGUUCACCGUUCACCCACUGACAGCCUCUCUCAGGCACGUAAUUGCAGGUCGAUCGCCAUGAGAGACCUUAUCUUCAAAGAGCCCGAGCCUGACAUUGGUGCUUCCAAUGGGAUCGCCGACGACAUCAUGCUGGCGUGGAGGCAAAUCCGUAAGCCAUUGGUUCUGCCAUUCCUGCAGAUCGCUCUGAUCCUGUGCGGGUCGAUGUCUGUGAUGCUGUUCCUGGAAAGAGUUUACAUGGCGAUCGUGAUCCUGUCCGUGAAGCUCUUGAGGAAGAAGAGGUACACCAAGUACAAACUAGACGCCGUCCGGCGAGAACUUGAGGCCACCAAGAAUUAUCCGAUGGUUUUGGUUCAGAUCCCCAUGUACAAUGAGAAAGAGGUAUACAAGCUAUCGAUCAGUGCGGUGUGUGGGAUGCAUUGGCCGUCGGAUAAACUCGUAGUUCAAGUGCUUGACGAUUCUACGGACCCUGUCACAAGGGAUCUCGUGGAGUUGGAGUGCCAGCGAUGGGCGAGCAAGGGAGUGAAUAUCAAGUACGAGAACAGACACAACAGAAAUGGCUACAAGGCUGGUGCUCUACGGGAAGGCCUGAGCAAGAGUUAUGUGAGAGACUGUCAAUUCGUGGUGAUAUUUGAUGCCGAUUUCCAGCCCGAACCAGACUACUUGAUGAGGACGAUACCGUAUCUCCUGAGCAAUGAUGAUCUUGCACUGGUUCAAGCUCGAUGGAGAUUUGUGAAUGCGGAUGAGUGUCUCCUUACCCGACUCCAAGAAAUGUCGCUAGAUUACCAUUUCGGCGUGGAGCAAGAAGUGGGCAGUUCUACGUGUUCCUUUUUCGGGUUCAACGGGACUGCUGGAGUCUGGAGGAUUCAAGCUCUUCAUGAUGCUGGCGGAUGGAAAGAUCGAACAACUGUGGAAGACAUGGAUCUGGCUGUCAGAGCUAGUCUUCGAGGAUGGAAGUUCGUCUUUAUUGGGGACCUAUCAGUGAAGAAUGAGCUACCGAGCACGUUCAAAGCAUACCGAUAUCAGCAACAUAGAUGGUCAUGUGGUCCUGCCAAUUUGUUCCGGAAGAUGUUCAAGGAGAUAGCGAAUUGCGAGAGGGUAUCCAUAUGGAAGAAGUUUCAUGUCUUAUAUGCUUUCUUCUUCGUGAGGAAAAUAGUGGCACACUUCGUCACCUUCUUCUUCUACUGUGUUGUUAUCCCCGCCUGCGUGUUGGUUCAAGAUAUCCCUCUUCCAAAGUUUGUUGCUGUUUAUAUUCCAGCCACCAUCACCAUCCUCAAUGCUAUAAGCACUCCAAGGUCCAUACACUUGCUUAUCUUUUGGAUCCUUUUUGAGAAUGUGAUGUCCAUGCACCGAGCUAAGGCUACAAUUAUAGGGCUUUUGGAGGCGAACCGUGUCAACGAAUGGGUUGUCACGGACAAGCUAGGAAGUGCCCUGAAACAGAAGGCUAACACUACUAAGAGCAAGACCAAGAAGCGCCCUCAAAUUGGUGACAGGAUCCAUCUGUUGGAGAUAUUCAUGGGCUCAUUCCUCCUCUACUGUGCAAUCUAUGACUAUACAUUUGGUCAUGACCACUUUUACAUCUACUUGUUCCUUCAAGCUUCAGCAUUCUUCAUUGCGGGAUUUGGCUAUGUGGGUACCUUCGUCCCCAGCUGAGGGGGUGCAAAGAAGGAAAAUAUGUGACCUCAGAGUGCUUUAUUUGCGAGAGACCUACUGGCUCAGAGAAGGAAUGUCUAUGUACUUUGUAGUGUUGUAGAUCUCCUCUCCUUGUGUUAAUGUAGGGUUGUGGUGGGUCAAUAAUACUGGAACGUGCACAAGAUCCAUGCCUAAAUGUAAAGCUAUGCUUGGUAGGACCGGUAAAGUACAAGGGCAAUAAAUUUCUUGUCUGGUGUGAUGUUGCUAUAAUAAUCUGUAAUCAAUUCCACCUACAUGCAUGUAUCUCGAAAUUUCCUCUACAAUGUCAGUUUUUAUGACUCGUGGUAU